AUGUCACACUGUCUAAAGUGCACUUAUUCCAGGGCCGUCAGAUUCCAUCAGAUACCGUCAAGGCGACCAACUCUAAGCCUUCGCCUCUCCUUACUAUCACCACCACGAAAGCUCUUUGCGCAUGCCGAGCUCUUUGGCAACCGUCACCCGAGCCAGCUUUUAGCCAGAAGCCAGUUACGCAAUCUAUCAACCACUGCUCAGUCAUGUCCGGAGCCCUCCAAACCUGUCGAAGAUGUACUGCCCGUCUGUUGUCCAGGAUGUGGUGCCUAUGCGCAAACCGUCGAGCCGAACGAGCCGGGUUACUAUGGCAAAACUAGGAAACAUGUUCGAAAGCUCAUAUCGGAGACACAACGAGCGGCAAACGACAGGCCUGGAGGCGGAGAAGGAGAGACUGACUUGAGGAGUGAAGCGGAGAAAGCAGCGAGCACAAUACUCAAGCUAGUCGAUUCCGAAGUACCUAUUCCAAAAGCUAAGCAUGGAGCGAUGCUGGAGGAAGCCACCACAACUGCCAGCCAUUUCUUGGAGAAAUCCAGAGCGCCUGCACAGGUGUGCGACAGAUGUCACGACUUAAUUCACCACAAUAAAGCUGUUUCCGUACCUACGCCUACCAUUUACUCAAUCCAGGAAUAUUUGAAAGAGUCGCCUCACAGGGAUAACCGCAUUUACCACGUCAUCGACGCAGCAGAUUUUCCCUUGUCCCUUGUCGACAAUAUUUACGAUGCCUUGUCUAUUCAAGAACCACGCUCAAAAAAUCGAAGAGCCUCGACGGAGAAGUACCGAUGGGGGAGGAAGUUACCAACGAUAUCGUUUGUCAUAACCCGCUCCGAUCUAUUAGCUGCGACUAAGGAGCAAGUUGACUCCAAGAUGGAGUACGUGCGGUCGGUUCUCCGAGACGCCUUGAAACUGUCCUCGGAAGAAUUUCGGUUGGGCAAUGUACAUAUGAUUAGUGCUCAUCGAGGCUGGUGGACUAAACAGGUGAAGGAGGAUAUUAGAGAGCAUGGGGGAGGCAUUUGGGUAGUUGGCAAAGCCAAUGUCGGGAAGAGCAGCUUCAUCGAAGCCUGUUUCCCCAAGGAUUCUAGGAACCUGGAGAAGAUUGCAGAACUGGUUGAACGCCGGGCGGUAGAGUCGGAUAUCAACCAGUUCAACGAUGUCGCAUUGGGUUCCGACUGCCUACUGCCGCCGGCGCCUCGAGAAGAUCUCUACCCUGUCCUCCCCGUUGUCUCGUCUGUGCCAGGUACCACUGUCUCACCGAUUCGCAUCCCCUUUGGCCACGGUAAAGGUGAAAUGAUAGACCUGCCUGGACUCGACCGCGGUCAACUGCUGAACCAUGUUCGUGACGAGCACAAACGCGAUCUCACCAUGACGAAACGGAAGAAGCCUGAGCGCCUCACGGUGAAACCCGGGCAAUCGCUACUUCUCGGAGGAGGUCUCGUCCGAAUAACGGCUGAAAACGCCGACCAUGUCUUGAUGGCGGCCUGUUUCGUCCCCAUCGAAGCCCAUGUUACCAAAACAGAAAAAGCCGUGGAGAUGCAGGCAGGUCAGCGUCCUUAUCCCGGCGAGCAGAUUAUGAGAGAGGAAAGCAUUUCUUCGAUUUCAUCUGCCGGGAUUUUUGAGUUGAAGUGGGAUGUGACUCGCUCGCACCUGCCGACCUCCAUCGCCAAGGCAGUAGAAGACCACGGUAUUCCAGUGCCUCGACUCCCAUACAAAGUGAUGUCGACAGACAUCCUAAUUGAAGGUUGUGGAUGGGUGGAGCUUACCGUGCAGAUUCGAGCCGGUUCAACAUCGGAGGGAUCGGAGUCCCCAAGUUCUGUGCCUCGAGUUGAGGUCUUCAGUCCCAACGGACAGCAUAUCGGAUCGCGGCCUCCGAUCGAAUGUUGGAAUUUUAUCGCCGAGAAGCGCGCUGCUGAUAAGCGCAAGAGGCCUUCCCGAGGACGACAAAACGUUGGUCUGAAAAGACGAACGCAGCAAUCCCGAUAG